UGGCAUGAUUGAAUCUCAUGUGCACCUUUUUAUGAGUGUGUAGUGGCCUUAUUUGAAACCACUGACAUUUUAAACUUAACGAAUCAUUAUCAAAAAUAUAUUCCCGCUGAACUCUCGUAUCUUACCAUAGCUCCUAGUCCCGUCAUGCCCGUGGUGUACAACUGCCCAGGGAACAUCAACCAAUCCGUGAAGGUAGGAUAUGAUGGCAUUGAAGUAUUCUGGAUUUCACCGAGCGUCUCCAAUCCAUCCGGGACACCAACCUUCGUGCCUAACAUCGGCCCAGGAUCUUUCUUUAAUGUCACUGAUGAACCAGUGGAGGUCAUCUAUACAAUCGCCGAUGGCACUGGCUGGGUCGAUGAAUCAUGUUCGUUCCUCGUCUCCGUAUAUUACAAACCAUCAAGAAAGAUAUUUGUGACGGAUCAUGGACGUAUGUUCAUGGCCGAUCUAGACGAUUUAGUGUUCAAUGAAAUCCCCUCAAGUGGCGAUCCAUAUUUCGUGACAUAUGAUGAUGUGGAUAAGAGAUUAUACUGGUCCGACUGGACAAAUAGAAGGGUAUACCGCUCUGACUGGAAAGGGGGAAACAUGGAGGAAGUUACCGCACCCAACGCUAUAUCUGAACCGAAUGGCGUUGCUAUCGCUAGGAAUGCAAGGAGACUUUAUGUUGCUUAUCGAAAAGGAGAUAGAAUUACAAGCAUGUCGAUACGAGAUGGCAGUCCUUUUCCUGCAACUGAAACGGAUGUGGCCGACUCACUGUUCCUGCCGAGAGCCUUGACUGUUGACGAAGUCCAAGGGUACCUCUAUUGGACAUCAGUGAAGAUGGUUUUUCGUGCAGCUCUCGAUGGAACCGGGAUUUAUCAAGUGGUUGAAAAUCCAACGAGUGCAAAUUUCGACGAUGCAAUCACUAGUCUGAACAUCGAUCUUACCAGAAAUCCACGACGUGUCUUUUUUUCCAUCUCAAAAACGGGAAAGAACUUCUACAAGGAUGUGCUGCCGAAUGGCCACUAUACCAAUUGCACUAUGAUAAUUAACGUACAGAUGAGAGAUGUCAGCGUCAUCAAUGACGACUUAUACUUCUUGAAGGAAUAUGAACCGAUUGGGAUUGCAGUAGUGAAGAACUAUGACAAUGUCCAUCGGGAUUAUUAUUUGAUAGAAAUCGAUCAAUUCGAGAACCCUUAUCAACUGCACAUCGCUUAUAUUGAACCCUAGGAUUGGCAACUAAGGGUGGUCCACCAGCUGGUCCAGUCAACCCAAGGCGUGUCUACAUUUACACGGGUUGCCAUUUUUCACCUCAUUCACUAAGAACAUAAUAUAUGGUAAAAAAUUGAACAAACAAAAUUGACGCAUGCCAUGGGCCAUGUUGUGACGCACAAAAUGAGACGUCAUACAAUUACUGUAUAUUAUUAUAGUCAAGUAGAACCCCAACAUAACAAUCAAAUUGGGUAUGACUGCAUUUUUUUUUGCUUGAACUUGUAGUACAUAUAAGGUGUCUACUCCAAGAAUCCGACGGGUGCCACCAGGGCACCCGUAGGCAUUUUUUUUUAUUGACGUCAUAUAGAACACGCCCACUUUUUCACAUGCCUCUUGCAUGUGAUCUUAAUAUUUUACGGAAUCAACAUGUCUUGUUUGGUAUCAAAUUAAAGCAUAACAGAUCAAGUGCAAAUAUAUGGAUUACUGGGCAUUUAAAUCACGCAUAGGUCAGUUAAAGUUCGUUUACGGUCAUAAAAGGUCAAAUUGCCGUACAAAAUAUAAGUAAGAUAUACA